AUGGUUGCUACGGGUCAUAUAACGCAAGCAAGUUCAUCCGUUUUGGCAUUUCUGCCUCUUUUUUUGCGUGCGCCAGUCGUAAAUGGAAUGAGACGGGGAGGAAAGGAGCUUGGCAUUCCAACAGGUAUACCGCAUGUAUGCAAUUUUAUUAGAUUCGAUUUUGUAGCGUUCCAUGUUACUUGUUCCAGGCUACCAGAGUCUUGGAAUCGUCGGGGUUAUGCGCGCAACUUGACUAUUCUGACAAAACAGAGCCCUUUUAAUUGAUUUUUUAUAUUUAGAAAAGAGGCAGUCGAUAGUGUAUUGAUUGACUUGUAAUAAACCACUCUGAAGUGUGGAUUCAUUGAGAUUUAUAGCAAUCGUAAGCAUUAAUUUCCAAAACACGUUUGACUUCAUCUCUUAGCUUCAGGACUUCUCGAUUACUUUUCAAUUUUUCUUGGUUAAGAAGCACAACUUUUAUAAUAUAACUAUGUAAAAAUAAGUGUUCUUUCAAUAUUUAUUUCAAGUUAGUAAAAUGCAGUGCAAUCAUGCCUCAGUAUCUAUUGAUGAAUCCCGUCCGGUGCUUGCUAAGUUUGCCAUGUUUUUAUUGCGCAACGGUUGCGCAACUUUCCGCAAUUUACGGUCUGCGGUUUCCCACACGAGAGAUGCGACAGGACAAAACAGCAACUCGUGCGUUUUAAUCGUAACUUAUCACAGGUGUAAUUAUUCUUCGCCUUCUUUUCUCUUCUUCUGGCUUGGUUUGAGGGCUGAAAUGCCUUCCCAUAUAACUUCAAGUUGUUUUCCUCAUUUUUCCCGUGGGGAGGUUGUUAAAGGUUUUGGGAGAGGUAGUAAGGAGUUAGGUAUUCCAACGGGUGAGUUGAAACUUUUCGUGAUAUCAUGCUAAAACUAACUUACAAUUUAAUUUUGCUUUCUGUGUAGUCUACACGAAUUCAUUAAAAUCUUUUCAUAGGCCACAUAACUAAAUUAAUUUUUUAAAAAAAAUUCGUUUGGUUGUUGGAUGGCAGAUCGAUAUGAUCGCACAAAGUGAAACUUGUCAAUUCACUGAUAUUGUCGAGUCAAGACUUCAAGUACAAAAUUACGUACUCUGCAAAGUUAAAGUUUAGUUGAUUUAUCGGCCAGGUUAAAGACGCGAAGCUGUUUUUGUGAGAGACAAACUUUUUGAGUUAAUAUAGUUUGGUCAUAGUACAAAAAUGAAGUGUGGAAUUUAUAUAUUUGGGAUGCAUAAUUUUGUAUUUAACCUAGUUGGCACAACCACAGACCGUCAGCAUACCGUUCAUAUGCAUAAGCAUGUUCUAACUUGAUUAGAAGCAUAAAACAGAGUUUCUCUGAUGAAGGCUGUGUUUCUCUCUGCCUAUGCAAUUGGUUAUAGGCCUAGACACAAAAAUCCUGAUUUUUCAUGAUUUUUGUAUCGACACUAAUGCUACUUAAUUUCUUGGGUCUUUAAUUUCUUGUUUUCCACGAUUGAAAAUAAUUUUGUACUUGAAGUCUAUAGAAUACACAGUUACGGGAUGGAACUUACUUGAAUCGCAAAGUUUAAUGCCUGUUUUCACAUUUGCUUAUUGAAGUCAUGAAAAUAAAACCCUGCAAAAUACUAACUUUCCAAAAUCAUGUAAUAAGUACCAACAAGGUAGGCCUAUUUGGUUGAGUUGAUCAUUUUCUUGCCAAGAAUAACAUUAACAUGAGCAUAAGUUAGAAGGUUUUGAUAUUCUUUGUCCAUGCUCAUAGCUGUGUAUCUCAACCUCUAUGACUAUUGUUUAACCUUACUGCCAGCUGGCCCCCUAUACAUGUAUAUUUAUGGAUGUCAGUGUAUAGCAUUUUAGGUGACAGCUCAAGAAGGGUGUUGGGACUUGUGCAGGUGUAGGGCAGGUGAUGUGGGCUAUAAAAUCAGCUUUCCAAACAUGAAAGGUGUUUGUUCAAUUCUAACUCUUGCCUUGAAAUUUAGUUAAUGAUUUACAGUAUGUUUUUGUUUAAUAAAACAACUUGUGUUCCAAAUACAUGUAUCCAAAUGCAAGUGCUGCACACAAAGUCCCACACAACAAAAAAUCCCAGCAUGUGUCCAAAUGUUGUUUAUUGUGUACUUACUUCUGGUACAUGGAUGUGUCUUUAGUUAUGUUGUGUUUGACACAUGAAGUUACUACACUAUGUUUCAAGUGUUAUAAAUGUACAAUUACCUCCAAUAGGCUUUUGAAGUCCUGUCAUUCUAACCAAAAUUCUCCCUCAAUUCUCCAUGAUCCAUACAUGUAUGUACAGUUAAUUUGAAUCCUGAAAAAUGUAUGCAUUUCAAGGUUUAUGGAAAAAAAAUUCCAGUACAUUAAAGGUGUAGUAAUAUUGGCUGUAACACAGGCAACAUUUUGUGCAAUGUUUUCAUUGUUUUAUGAGGUGUAAAGCAGUUUUGUUCAUUUUACCACCUGCGGGCUCAACUUAGUGUAGAAACAUUUUGUUGCAACAACAUGUUGUAGAAAAUAGAAGAGUCAAGUACUAUGCACAAAAAAUAUUGCAGCCUGAAACAAAGAAAUAUUGUUGCACAACAAGCUGCUCAUGCUGGUACGUGGAGUUAAAACGAGCGACAUUAAUUUCCAACAAUUGUGGAUGAAAAGUGACUGAAAUGUGUUGCCUGUACAGCUGCUUAAGUCAGCAUCUUGAUUUACAUUUUGUAUGAAGAGGUGAAUUAUUUGUUUCUUAUCUUCCAGCAAACUUUCCAACAAAUGUAGUGGAUAGUCUUCCUGAGGCUAUUAGUACUGGCAUUUACUAUGGCUGGGCAAGUGUUGACAGAGGACCAGUGUACAAAAUGGUGAUGAGCGUAGGAUGGAAUCCAUUUUACAAAAACACCAAAAAAUCAAUGGUUAGAAAGUAUUUUUGUUAUAUUUUGCAAAUUUGUUGAUAAUGUUAAAAUGAUCAAGUUUCACACAGAAAGUUCAUGAAAAAUUGAUCUUUGACCGGUAAUAGUUGCUACCUUUACAUGUACAUUAUUGAUUCUUUUUUUUUUCAUCUUCAGGAAACACACAUUAUUCAUACAUUUGAGGAUGAUUUCUAUGGAUCAGAGCUCAGUGUAGUUAUUUUAGGAUUUAUUCGACCUGAAAAGGACUUCCCAUCAUUAGGUUAGUUGAGUGAAGUUCAUCUAAAUCCACCAUCGUGUUGUUAUGAAAUUUGAAUUUUUAAAUUUGGAAGAAGGAGAAAUCUAACACCAGCUAGAAAGCUCAGAAAAAAUUCUGCGUUCCAGGUGAGAAUCGAACUCAUGACCCUCCGAGUUCUAGUUUGGAUGCGUUAAUCACUGAGCUACCAUGGCAAGCAGGGUUGAAAUUGAAUUACAACUCCGACCAAUCAUCAAGGACUUGCUCGAAGUUGGCCAUCCACCAGCAUACAAGAACAAGACUGCUCAAUAUGAUUUGGAAGAAAGAGAAUUCUAAUGCCACCCACAAUUUCUUUCUUUAAGUAAUAAAAGUAAUGAUGUAUAUUUUAUUUUUAAUUUGUCGCUUUCAAUUUUCAGAAUCUCUCAUAGAUGCUAUUCACACAGACAUCAAAGAAGCAGAGCAAGCUCUGGAAACACCAGAAAGUCAAAAAUUUUUAUCACAUAGCUUCUUCAAAACAGAGGGUGGCAAUGCUAAUGGCUGCACGUAA